AUGAGCAAUACAAGUGGCGGCUCAGCUGGGCUGCUGCGUGAUAUCCUCCAGAUUGUCAAUCACGAACCUAAGAUCGCCAUUGGUGCUGUCGUCUUUUGUUUCGUUGUCAUCUUCAUUGUGAACUCUUUCAGAGCAUGGUAUCGCCUUUCUCAUGUACCGGGGCCAUUUCUGGGAAGCUUCUCUAGGUUCUGGAUGCUCAGAGGGUCGAUAAGGACACAUCUACCUGAGGAAAUGCAAGCUGCUGUUGAUAAAUACGGGUCCCUGGUUCGCGUUGGACCCAACGAGUUGAUCACAGACGACGUCAAGCUGAUCAAGAAGAUUCAUUCUGGUCGUUCAGCUUAUACUAGAGGACCAUGGUUUGAAUCCGUGCGUUUUGAGCCCGGCAAAGAUAAUCUAUUCUCGAUGCGAGAUGAAGAAGGUCACAAGAAGUUGCGUAACAAGAUGGCAGCUGGCUACUCUGGAAAAGAAAACCCUUCCUUGGAAGGUUCCGUCGACUCAAUCAUUGCUAGUUUUAUUGCGCUCCUCGAAACGAAGUAUCUUUCCACAGAUGAUGUGUACCGUCCAGUGGACUUUGCUCAGAAAUCCCAAUUCUUUACUCUCGACGUUAUCAGCGAUCUUGCCUUUGGACAGCCAUUCGGAUACUUGACAAAGGACGAAGACGUUUUUGACUUUCUCAAGAUCACGAGAGCUUUUUUUCCAUUCACCGUCACCAUGGCCAAUGUGCCCUGGAUGAUAUCUCUGCUUCACUCUCGUCUGUUCAGUGGUCUUCUACCAAAAGAUACUGAUAAGAUUGGUGUUGCUAAGGAAAAGGUUGCAGAACGAUAUGCUCCAGGUGCUGCUCCGCAUGCUGACAUGCUGGGGUCCUUUAUCAAAAAUGGACUCAGCCAGGAACAGACGUCUCGCGAAUCACUGCUGAAUGUCGUUGCUGGAAGCGAAACGACUGCCACCACCAUCCGCAUGAUAAUGCUAUGUAUUUUGACCAACCCACUUGCGUACAGACGUCUUCAGCAAGAAAUCGAUGAUGCUGCCCAGGCUGGAAAAAUCUCGUCGCCCAUCACCGAUGCGGAAGCUCGUAGGCUACCUUUUCUUCAAGCCACAAUCCAAGAAGGUUUAAGGAUCAAAGUCCCUGCGGCAGGUCCUCUAUACAAAGAGGUCCCGGGUGAAGGCGACACCAUCAACGGUAUGUUUAUACCAGGAGGUACUCAGAUCGGAAUAUCUCCCUUCAGCGUAUACCUUUCUAAGAAGGUUUUUGGUCCGGAUGCAAGUGUCUUUCGACCUGAGCGAUGGUUGAAUGCCGAGCCUGAACGACUCGAAGUAAUGGCUGAGAGUGUCGGGCUUGUCUUUUCCAGUGGCAAGUGGCAGUGUCUUGGAAAACCCGUUGCAAUAAUGGAAUUAAACAAGAUUUUUGUCGAGCUGUUGCGACGAUUCGACUUUAGCAUCGUCAAACCCGAAAAGCCGCUUGAUAUUUUCAAUGCUGGUGUUUGGAUCAUUGAAAACUUCAACGUACGCGUCACGCGACGCAAGACUUAG